AUUUAGUGAAACUUCAGCUCAGCAACUAUUACUGAAAUUUUCAGUAUUUCCUCAAAAUUUGUUGUGUAUUUUCAUUUUCAAAAUGUCGUUUGAUUUUAAUUACAAAUUUUGGAUUGGAACAAAAAAGGAUAUUGAUGAUCUUAUAAAAAGGCAAAAUGUUUUGAAAAAGAAGGAUCCAAUAUCCAAUCCAUUGGUUACGUAUAGAAUAUUUUCUGAGCUUUACGUAUUGUACGUAGAGCUUGUCAAUAAGUUGAGUUAUGUGUAUAAUUAUACAUUUCAAGUUCAGAAGCGAGCAGUAGUGAGAACACUAGUAGAAUCUGCUGCGCGACGAUUGAUGGAACUGAAAAAUGAGCUAAAGAACUUGGAGCUAAGCGAAUAUGUUUACACCGACAAAGCUUUAAUCGCACGAAAGCUCAAUCCUUAUGAUUUAGUCAUAUGGCGUUCGCCACAAUUUUUGUGCCGCCGUCCACCUGAAAUACAAAAUAUUGUAUAUGAAAAUAGAAUAUUCAUGACUGAAGAUGGGAAAGUUGUGUCAGAAAAGCAAGACAAAGAAGUUCUGAGUAAUGCUGUUAAGUUGAUACAAGCUCAUGAAAGAGCUAGAAGUGCUAGAGUUUACAGAUCCGCUAUUAAAUAUGAUAAGAAAAAUCUCAAAGUGUUUCAACGAAGGAAAUUCCAUUACAGUUUCGCACAUAAAGCGGACCAGCCAAUGAGUAUACCGGUGAAAAGAACAAUGUUCAAUGCAAACUUUGUAAAACAAAACGAGCACUGCCAAUACUUACUAGGAGCGGACAAUUUUGAGCGCAAAUCAAUCGAUCAAAUCGACGAAGACGAACUUAAUAAGAUUCGCAACGAAGCGGCCUUGAAGAUUCAGUUGGCCUGGAGAGCGCAUAAAAGCAAAAAAAUUCUUAAGAAGAGAAAUAUCUUUAAGCAAACAUUGUAUGGCAUGAGAACUAAAAGAAAGUUGAUAAAGCCCAAUCAGUAUAUGGACUCAGUUAUCGAAACAUACAGAAAUGAGAAAUUUAAGCAGCAGCUCGAUGAAGACUUUAUUCGAUUAAUGACUGAUGAGCGAACCAGAUUACUGCAAGAAAGAUCGCCAUGGAUAAUGGAGGACAUAUCGGAUCAUAUACGGGGGUGGUUUCAGGAAUUUUACGAUAAAGUUGGUGAUUUUCAUCCAUAUCCGGAUGCUCUAAAAUCUGGUACCGUUUUGGUAUUGAUUGAUGAAACAUUUAGUCCCGAGGAGUUUCGUGAAAAGUUAAACGAAAUGAAUUUGUCGAAGGAAGAAAAGAAAAAGAGAGCAGAGAAAGCGAAACAGAAAAGGCAAAAGGAGAAGGAGAGAAUUCGAAAAGAAAAAAUCAAAGAAGCUAAACGAAGGAAGAAAAUGAAAGAGCAAGGAAUUUAUGAUAUAGCAGAUGAUAUUAAGAGAAAUGAAAACAUAAUAAAUAUUGAAAAAACUAUAAAGCAGUAUUCAAUUGAUUGGAGAUUAAUUGACGAAUAUCUAAAUAAAAAUCAUGAAGCAAUCAAAGAGUGGGUCACAGAAGGCGAGCUCGCCAUUAUUCAUCGGGAGCUAAGGGCUUUGGUUGAUGAAUACAUGCGUUUAGAGUACGAAAUUCUUCGGAAAGCUCUUUGUAUGGACUUGAAUAAAAAAUACAAACCACCAAAAAAGAAAAAAGCUAAAGCUAAGAAAAAGGGAAAGAAGAAGAAGAAGAAGGUCAAAGAUAUAACGGCCGAUCGGACACUUGAAUCUCUCUAUGAAGAACUUAAGAAUGAAGGCUUGAUUGAAAAGGUCGAUAAGAAAACAUUCGAUGCAUUUAUUUCAGACUUUAAUUUUGUUGCCGAUGACACACGGGACGAAGAUCAUUUGACCACUUUGGGACCGGCUAAAGGUGACAUAAAAAUGGUUAUACAAGAAUGUAUGCUCGGCUUGGGAGAAUUCUCCGUGGAUAAACCAAAAUCGUUAUGUUUGGCUGGACCUUUAAAUAACGGCAAAAAACUUCUUUCACAAAUCAUUGCAUUUGAGUUGGAUGCUGUUUUUAUAAAUCUUAGUCCAGAGAAAACAAAAGAUUAUAGCCCUGAGCAACUGACCUACUUAAUGCAUGUGGUUAUGAAAGUUGCAAAAGCCUUCCAACCCACGAUAAUAUUUAUACAAGAUGUUCAUAGAGUUUUUUGGAAAAAAGUUCCCAGAGAACAAGAAGGUCUCAAUCCGCGAUUGCUACAAAAAGUUAUAAAAAGCAAAAUAUUAAAAUCAAUCAAAAAGGAAGAUAAGGUAAUGCUUCUGGGCACUACGGACUCUCCAUGGUCCGCUAAACCUGCCAUGAGGCGAGUUUUUCAGAAGUCCCUUUUGAUACCCAGAUGUGAUUAUGGCAGCAGCUUUCUACUUUGGCUCGAAGUUCUAUCAAAUUACGCUGGCGAUGAUUCUGUAGAUGACUACGUAUACUCCGCUCUAGCCAAAGUCUUUAAGAGUUAUAAUUCUGGCGAUAUAACCGAUAAUAUUGCGGAGACCUUAAAUGUUCGUAGGCGUAUGAAACUGAAGUCAAAUCCAUUAAGUCCGUUCGAAUUCUUAGAUCAUUUCAUUGGAGAAAAUCCACCAACAUUCCCUCCGGAAGAGAAAUUAAUGGAAAAGUUUCAGAAAUGGUAUCAGAAAGCUAACAAGUUGUGCGUUGCCAGGAGAAAGUUUUUCAAGAAAAAGAAUGAGAAAGAUAAAAAUAGAAAAAAAUGAUUCGCAUUUUUAUUUAUAUUAUUAUUGAUUUCAAUGUAAUGGAAAGUAGAAAAGUUAAUAGAAACCAAUUAGUUAAAUGAAUGCGGCUAAAA